AUGGACGCAGCGACGCUCGCCGACCUCCGCGCCAAGUACGCGAGCAGCGCGCCCGCGCCGUCGCCGCACGUCUAUGGCGGAGCGUCCACGCUGCGCAUCUGCGACCGGUGCCACGGCCAGCGCAUCGAGCGCGUGCCAUACAACUUCAUGGUGCUCGAGCAGACCUGCUCGGCGUUUGACUUUGACACGAUCGAGGACAAUGACGGUGGGAAGGAGCUCCACGACGACGAGAUGGGCUUUCUCUGCGACGUCCUCUUCUUCAACGAUCCUGCUACCGCCCCCGUCGACGACCUUUUCGAGUGCCCUCUGGACUUGCUGCUUGCCCCCGACGUCACGGACGACGAGGCGAAGAAGAUUUGCGCGAUUGACGGGUGCCACAAGCGCGUUCGGUCGCGCGGCCUGUGCAAGGCGCAUGGUGGUGGCCGCCGCUGCUCCCUCUGCAAGCACCCUGGCUGCAAGAAGGGCAGCCAACGCAAAGGCUACUGCGCAACUCACUGCCACACCCAUGCGAUCAGUCGCACGUAACCACGUCACAACAUGAUGUACUGAGAACGAAG